AUGACAUUAAACUUGGGAAGAAAGGACGGCGGUCCCGGAUACGUCGGUAUACAGUUCUGCCAAGAGUGUAACAACAUGUUAUAUCCACGCGAAGACAAAAACAACAAAGUUUUGUUGUAUGCCUGUAGAAACUGCGACUACAAACAACUGGCGGACUCAAACUGUGUGUACGUGAACAAAAUUAUGCACGAAGUAGACGAAUUAACCCAUAUAAACCCAGAUGUGGUGAGUGAUCCUACUUUGCCUCGAACGAAGGAUCAUAUGUGCCCGAAUUGCAACCACAGAGAGGCGGUGUUCUUUCAGGGACAAACUCGACGCGCUGAAGAAGAGAUGAGACUAUACUAUGUGUGCACUAGUUGUAAGCACAGGUGGACUGAGUGA